AAACGGCAGAGCGCAGCCUGCGUCUGUGGUAGAAGCGAAAGCAGCUAGCAGCGGAAGACUGGCGUCAGAACACUUUUUAUGUAAAAACAUAGUUAGUUGUAGAUCUGAACUCUUCUUUAAAUCGAAAUUCUGCCCAAAGGACAUCUGCUGCAGGUGUAUUGUGCUGCUGUCCCAGCGCUGACCUCUCCCGCACGAUGAGCUUUGGCAGUGGCAGACACAGGACACCGUCCUUCACAAUGGCAACGCACCUAGGAGCCAAAUCUGACAUGGAGCGGGACUCUGGCUUCUCUGAUGCGAGCUCAGAGUACCUGAGCGCAGUGGAGCUGACAGACACAGAGGAUUCAGGGAGACAUGGCACUGUGCUGAACCAGGAUCCAGCCACACAGCAGGUGGCUUUGAUGGGUGGCUCUUAUGCUGGGGUGUCGCCAAUGAUAAUUAUGAAUAACUUUCUCCUUAAACAGCCCUCAAACAUUGCCACAGCAGAUAAGCAAUGGGGGAUUUCCUCCCCCAUGGAAGUGAUGCCUCAGUCACAAGUGGUUCUUCUUCAACCUAUGGUAUCAAAUGGCAGCAACAGUACCCAAAAGGCAGGUUGUGAAAAUGGUCGACAAUCAAGAAGUUACACUCCCUCCAAAUCCUAUCCAAGAAUUGCUCCACACCCAGGAGAGCAUUUGUCCAAAAGGGUGGGAUCCUCCAGACUAAGAGGGUCCUCCGAACAUGAAAUGCGACAGAGAAAGCACCAUCACAGCCACAGAUUGUACAGUGCUACUGACCCACAGGCCACACUGCAGGCUCCAGUGAGACAGAGUAACACAACAGUGAAUAACCAGGUUCCAAUCAGUGAAACGCAGGGCUGUGACACGGCGUCUACACCGCUCACAGGGUUCAGCUCUAUGCCCACCUACACACAGGAAUUCCAGACCGCCUUAAGUGACAUCUCUCUCAGUACUGACAAAGAUACCUCUGCCAACGAUGGCAACAAACUGAAGCGAUUCAGCAAUACCUACAACAUCCUCAGCAAGUCGGGCCUGUUGGGGAUCACUAUGCGGACCAAGCAGCUGAUCAAGGAGAACCGGCGCACACAGGGCCAACUACAGCAGCUGCAGGAGCAGACGUCUCUGCUGCUGGAGGCUCUGAGCAGUGGAGACACCCAACUGUGGACUAAGCUCGAACUGUCUCUGCAGGACACAGAGAAAGAGCUCAGACCAGCCAAGGUCCCUGUGCUCCUGGUGUGAUGUCAUACAUACAGGACAUGCUCAAGUGAAUCCUACAGUGUUCUCCAAGGUCUUAAUCAUAUGCUAUUCCUAUAUGGAGGGCUGAGUACCUUCAGAUUCUUUUCAGGCACCAGUAUUUGAGACGGUACCUGACUUUCGAUACUGGUAUCUGAACUGUACUUUUCCUGUACCCUUUCCUGUACCGUUUUCUGUAUUCACCAUUAUUUAGAAUAACAAAUAAGAAUAUAAUGUUCAUAAAUUCAAUGUACAGUGGUCCCUCCCCCACGGGGGUUAGGUAAAAAAAAUAACCCGUAAAAGGCGAAAUCCGUGAAGUCGGUUUAAUUUUUUACAAUUAUUAUAUAUGUUUUAAGGCUGUAAAACCCAUCACCACACACUUUUCUCACACAAGCAUUAACAUUUUCUCAUAUUUCUCUCUCUCUCUCAAAGUUCAAGCCUUUGUAGAUUUUAAAAAAUAAACUUGCAAAACUUGCAAACAUACAGCACUUCAGAGUCACACUGCUAGUGAUUGAGCAUUUAUGUAAAUUUGGCAAGCUGAAUGAAUGCAUUCUGUACUGUACACGAGACACGGCAUGGAGGAGAGUGAUGGACAAUGGUUUACAGUCCCUCAGCCAAUCAGGACGCAGAACACUGCAUGUUCAUACACUGUAAAAAAAUAAAAAAAUAAAAUAAUUGCACAAAAAAAAUCUGCAAGGCUGUGAAAGGUGAACCGCAUUAUAUUGAGGGACUACUGUAAUAUUAUUUGCAGUGUGUAUCAUUCACUUUUAGCCGCACUGCCUAAUGACUUUAAAUGGUGACCUCUUACCACCCAAUAGGCAUAAAAAGCUUUAAAAUAUCUUGUUCCUUUUAAACAGUACCCAGUCCUAUUCUGCUCAUAUGUUGUUUAAUGUUAAUGGACAUGAGUUGUAUUAUAGUUUGCGAUGAAUAAACACAAAUAUUUGUGCUGUGGUUUGGAAAGUAAAGAUGCUUCUUUGCAUGUUUCAAACCUCUGCCUUAAUAUUUUCUGCCUUUUGCCAUGGGGCUGUAUGCUUCUUUAUAAUCAAUAUGUAACCCCAUAAAGGCAUGCCUUACAGGCAUGACAAUUGGGCGUUUCCUUUACAGUUGCUGUAAAAAUCUGUUUGAAUUCCUGUUGGAGCUUGUUUAUUUGCCUCAUGCAGAGCCUACAUUGAGUUGUUGUAUGUCCAAUUAUGUAUCAGACUAAGUUGUAUAUGUUUACUGAGCUCACUGCUUUUCUGUCUGUGUAUCUGUUGGAAUAAUAUUGACCUUGGUAGUGAGGUGCUGUAGCCAUAUACUAUUGUUUGUUCCUGAGAGUUAGUUGCACUAGUCCUUUCUGUCUUGGCCCAAUUAUGCUGGGCCACAGAAAUGGAAGUUAAAUCUUAAACAACGUAGUACAAACUCUUGCACUUUAAAUGGGAUUUGGUUAAGUACUUCUUGUGUUGAUUGCUUCAGCUUUAGAUUAUAAAAAUGUGUGACCUUUUCCAGCUGCCUGUGCCUUUAGAAGAUGUUUUUAUAUCAGUGCUCAUUAGGAAACAUGACAUCCUGGGGGGAAAAGGGUAGCCUUGGAUAUGUUAUGUUAAUGAUCAUUUCGAUGUAACUUUGUUUUAGCUACAAAUGUAUCGUAAAAAUAUGUAUAUAUUAUAAUUUGAUGUUUUACUACUGUGUUUUGCACUUGCUAGCUUGUUUUGAAAAAGCUUAUAUAUUGUGAUUUUUGUUAAAUUAUCAAUAUAAAACUGCAUCAUUA